GUUAGGAGUUAGGAGGUUAGGAGUAAAUAGUUGUAAAAAUGCGAAAUUCUGAACAUUUUUGAACUAUUUCCUGCGCGAUACGUGUGCUGUUGAACAAUCUACACUUGGAGAAAACAGCUAAAAACGCCACAGUGCGAAAAGAUCCACAAAAGACGGGACUGAAACCACGAAAACGGAUUCUGCCUUGUUAUUGUUAUCGCCCGCGAGAAACCGGAAUGCCGUCUUAAAAUGUCCGGGUUUAUUAAACGCCGCCGUGGUAUUACCAUAAAAGGUGCCCGACUGUCUCUUCACAGUGGCCAAUCAAUUGUUUCUUCCGGAAAUCCGUCUUUGGAUCACAUCUUUGGUGGCGGGUUUCCGGUCGGCUCAAUCAUCGGCUUAGAAGAAGAUAAGUAUGGAAAUUACGCACGAGUGUUGGCCAAAUACUUCCUGGCGGAAGGGUUGGUCAACGAUCACGCCUUGCUGUUGGCUUCUCUCGAGGAAGAUCCAGAACAGCUGAUGCGAAAGCUUCCCACACCAGUCGAAGAGAAAAGCCGAUCAUCUAAAUCCGUGCCACCACCAUCGGCCGAUGGUAUGCGAAUCGCAUUCCGCUACAAUCAGCUAACACCGGUGGAUUCGGAACAGAAAUCCUCACAAACAUUAGGUCACUAUUUCGACCUAACGAAAGCCAUUGACCCAACGACACUGAUCGGGAAAGAUAUCACUUACUGGAGUGGCGGUGAAGUGGCAAUGGAGCAAGAGGAGCAAAGCACCACUAGUGGCCCAUUCGAAAGUUCCCACUUUGCCUCGCUACUGUCCUGCAUCCACCGUAAAGCGCGUGAGCAACAGUUUACCCAGACUGCUUCGGAGGACACUAACAAGAAUGUGUUGCGAAUAUGCCUACAUUCCGUCGGAUCGCCGGUGUGGUACGAUCGCGGAUUCUCUAAAGAUUUCGUACACUUUCUGACCGUUCUGAAGGCGAUUGUGCGAAACACGCUUUCGGUGUGCUUCAUUACCAUGCCGUACCAUCUUUUCCACCAUCUAGAGGACAGUUAUCUUUGUGCCAAGUUAACGAAUCUUUGCGAUUAUUCUUUCGGUCUGGAGGCCUUCGUCGGGCAGGCGGAAGAGCAAGCGAAUCCGCUAUUCAAAGAGUAUCAUGGGCUGUUGAAUAUCGGGAAAAUUACGGCCCUAAACUCUUUGGCCCCCUUUACACCGGAAACACGAGACUUGGCGUUCAAGUUAAAGCGCAGUAAGUUUGUGAUCGAAAAAUUACACCUUCCCCCCGAUCUGGCAGCCGAAGAUGGCCAAAGCUCUACCAUUGUGCCUACGAUGAGUUGCUCCGGUGGUGGAGUCAAGAGUAAGCUGGACUUUUGAUGUCUGUCCGUUGGUUUCCUUCGAAUAAACGUGUUAUCUGAAUGGUAGGAGUGUAUUUGGUACUGAUGUGUUUGUAAAAUUUGUAAAUAGUAAAAUUAUAGUCUACACCUAAACUAAGUAACUUUUAG